AUGGAGGACGAAGACUGGGACCUGCAGGCGGUGGUGAGGGGGUGCUGCGGAUCGGUGAGGUCCACGGCGGAGGCGGCAGCUACGGCGGAUCCCUUCUCUUUCCUUCCCGUCGUCGCAAAGAAGGAGAAGGUAGAAGAAGAAGACGACCUUCUCCGUUACCUCCCGGAGGUCUUCUCGACGCAGAGGGGGGUUCACGAGCUCGAAGAACUCUGCAAGCCCUUCUUCACCAAAUCAUUAGAGCAGCAACAGCAGAAGCAGCUCUCGCCGGAGGGGAGGCCUUCCUCCUGCUCGGCCGCUCCUCCUCGCCCUUCCUUUGACGGCGGAGCGGCAUCUCUGCCUCUGCAGCAGCAGCAGAUCGGGGAGCCUCAGGCCCGGUCAUUUUCCCAGACCCCACGGGCUAAGAGAAGGUACCCGUUGCUUCUUCCUUGUCUGCUAACCUCCUCCCCCAAUUAGAUGGAGAAAUAGGAAGCUGCAGAGCCGAGAUUCUCAUCCUCUUCCUCCCUUCUCCGAUUUCUGAAAUUCCCACAGGAAGAACCAGCAGAAGAAGGUGGUGUGCCAGGUCCCCGCCGACAGCCUCUCCUCCGACAUGUGGGCCUGGCGCAAGUACGGCCAGAAACCCAUCAAGGGCUCCCCUUACCCCCGGUCAGUGAUUCAUCUUCUUCCUCUAACAAAGUCCCGCUUCCAUGUUAUUUCUUCUUCUUCUUCUUCUUCUUCUCUCUCUCACUCUCUCUACACCGAUUCCUGGUGAUCCGAAGGAUCAGAUGAUUGAAGUCGAUGUUGGUGGAAGCAGGGGCUAUUACAGAUGCAGCAGUUCGAAAGGGUGCCUCGCCAGGAAACAAGUGGAGCGCAGUCGUACGGACCCAGAUACGCUGGUUAUCACCUACACCGCCGAGCACAACCACCCAGUUCCUACCCAUCGCAACUCCCUCGCUGGCAGCACCCGCCAGAAGUUCCCUUCUUCCUCUUCCUCCGCCGGCUCUGCACAGAACUUCGCCGGCGCCGACGGCGGCGGCACGUCGGUCGGCGCCAGCGACCCCGAGCAGACGAGCAGCAAGGGCACAUCCUCCGGCCCCCUCUAUUCGCCUACGGCUGCUGGUUUCUCACCGACGACGCCGCUCACGUCCUCCAUGGAGGAAGAGCUGCUCCGUCCCCAGCGGCUCACCGGUCGGAAGGCGGAAGGGGAGGAGGCAGAAGAAGACGAGGAAGAAGAUGAAGAUGACGAAGAGAAUCUGCUGCUUCUCGAAGACAUGGAGAUGCUGGGGGACGACGACUUGAUGUUCAUGGACUUCGACCAGCUGCCUGAACCCAACGUCGCCACCGCCUUCAACGACGGCUUCUCCGAACGCUUCGGGGCUCCGCCCCACCCGUGGAUGCCCAGCGGCGCCGCCACUGCUGCCGGUGGCGGUUGA